AUGGAACCAAAUAUUAAAAAUGGUGAUGAUGGUAAAUUAAAUAUUGCAAUUAUUGGUGGUGGUAUUUCAGGUAUGUCAUGUGCAUAUCUUUUAACUAUGGGUGGACAUAAUUGUACAGUUUUUGAAAAAGGAAAUUAUUUAGGAGGUCAUACAAACACUGUUCAAGUUAAAUUUCAAGAAGAGACAGUAAAGAUUGAUACAGGAUUUCUAGUGUAUACACCACAAAAGUAUCCAAAUUUAAUGACCCUCUUUAAGAGAUUAGGUAUUAAAAAUGGUGAAUCCGAUAUGUCAUUUGGCUAUUCAUUGAAUGCUAGACAAGGUAUUGAAAAAACUGUAGAGAUGGAAGUUGUUGCCAAUGAAAUCACCACAAAUCCAAUUAAAGCUCCAAUUAGAAGAGAGAUUGAAUGGUGUUCAGAUAAUUUAUCAACGAUUUUCGCACAAUGGCAAAACUUAUUCAGACCAUCAUUUUGGAGAUUAUUAAUUGAUCUUUACAGAUUCUCAAAAGAUGGUCCAUUGAUUGUAACACCAGAGAAUUUAGAAAAGUAUAAAAAUAUGUCAGUUCGUCAAUAUUGUGAAAUCAAUGGUUACUCUAGAGCAUUCAUAGAAUACUAUUUAAUUCCAGUUGCAUCAGCAGUUUGGUCAACAAGUUUCAAAGAAGUUGACCUUUUCCCAAUUGUUACAUUGGCACGUUUCUUUCAAAAUCAUGGUCUUUUUAAAAUUGUAAAUCGUCCACAAUGGAAUUCUGUCCAAGGUGGUAGUUAUCAAUAUAUGGAAAAAAUUAAAGAAUUUUUAGAAUCAAAUGGUGGUAAAAUUUUAUUAUCAUCACCAGUUUCAAAAGUUGUUAGAUCAAAGAAUACUCAAGAUGGUGUUUUCAUUACAACAACAACUACAACUACCAAUGGUACUACUACUGAUACUGCUACUACAAAUACUCAACAUUUUGAUAGAGUUGUAUUUGCUUGUCAUACACCAGACAUUUUCCCAAUGUUAACUGAUAUGACAUAUCCAGAGAGAAAAGUAUUGAGUGGAUUUAAAUUCACUCAUUGUCUUGCAUAUCUUCAUAGUGAUCCAUUGUUAAUGCCACGUCGUAGAAGUACAUGGUCAAGUUGGAAUUAUAUUUAUGAUGAUAGUUCAUUGACAGAGAAUAAAUUAUGUUGUACCUAUUGGUUAAAUCGUAUUCAACCAUGGGUGAAUGCAGAAAAGUAUCCACUUUAUUUAACUUUAAAUCCAGUAUUUCAACCAAACCCAUCACUAUUACAUCGUGUCAUUGAAUAUGAUCAUCCUUUGAUUUGUCCCGAGAGUGAUAAAGCCAAAUCUCGUUUACCAACAAUUCAAGGUAUUAGAAAUUCAUUUUAUUGUGGUGCUUGGACUGGUUAUGGUUUCCAUGAAGAUGGUAUCACCUCUGGUUUAUUGGCUGCUCAAUUAAUUGAUCCAAGUUUAAAUAAACUUUGGAAAGUUGAUGUCACUCGUUAUAUCGAUGAAUUCCCUUCAAAUCCUGAUAAAACAACUUUAACAAUCUUUAAAAAUAUUUUAUAUUUUUCAACUUUAUUAACUUUAAUUUAUUAUUCAAAACCAAUUUUAAAUAAAUUUAAAUAA